CCAGUUUUCCUAGAUGCAGGAGAGAGCGUCCAUAGUUUCAGUUCCAAGCAACUGGUGGCAAAAGAUGGCAGGGACAGCGCGCCAUGACCGAGAGAUGGCAAUCCAGGCCAAGAAAAAGCUCACCACGGCCACCGACCCCAUUGAAAGACUCCGACUGCAGUGCCUGGCCAGGGGCUCUGCUGGGAUCAAAGGACUUGGCAGAGUGUUUAGAAUUAUGGAUGACGAUAAUAAUCGAACCCUUGAUUUUAAAGAAUUUAUGAAAGGGUUAAAUGAUUAUGCUGUGGUAAUGGAAAGGGAAGAGGUAGAAGAGCUUUUCCGGAGGUUUGAUAAAGAUGGAAAUGGAACAAUAGACUUCAAUGAAUUUCUUCUCACAUUAAGACCUCCAAUGUCCAGAGCCAGAAAAGAGGUAAUCAUGCAAGCUUUUAGAAAGUUAGACAAGACUGGAGAUGGCGUUAUAACAAUCGAAGACCUUCGUGAGGUGUAUAAUGCAAAACACCAUCCAAAGUACCAGAAUGGGGAAUGGAGUGAGGAACAAGUAUUUAGGAAAUUUCUGGAUAACUUUGAUUCACCCUAUGACAAAGAUGGAUUGGUUUCGAAAGAAGACUUUUUGAAUUAUUAUGCAGGUGUCAGUGCUUCUGUUGACACCGAUGCCUAUUUCAUUUUGAUGAUGACAAAAUCUUGGAGAUUAUAACUUUUACCUAUUAAUUCUUUUGGAAAUCAGGGUCUCCCAGAGCGGAAUGAGUUUGAAAGAAUUCCAAGCUAUGGAUUUGGAUCAGGUGUAAACUAAAUUUCCUAAAAGAUCUGGAAUUUUAAAAGCAAUAAAUAGAUCUUUGAUCAUCUUAAUUAUCUGGAAUGCGUUCAUUUUUAUAAAUGCCUGAGAUUAUAUUUUUAAGUCAUGAAGGAAGGAAGAAGGGAGAAAGGAAGGAGAGAGAAAGGAAGAAAGAAAACCAUGAAGUGAUAUUGAGAAGUGGCUCCUAGGUAAAACAAUCUGCUUGUUGUUAUAGAUGUUCCUCUUAUAGGUGUAAAUGUAGCUGCUUCCUCACACCUUCACUUUAUAGUCUUGGAACUCCAUAGCAGAAGGUGAUAAUACAGGGAUUAGAGGAACCUCUAACUGUGUAAAAUGUCCUGAACUUAUUUAUUUUAAUCUUGGUGAAUACAAAUAAAAUAACAUUUAUUUUAUUCU